AUGUCAGCUAAGCUGCUGGUGCUUUUCUUCCUCCUGGCAGUGUUUCAAGCCUGUUCCAGAAAGGUUGAAGAGGAUGAAUAUGAAGAUGUAACAGGCAACCAGAAAUGGGUAUUAGCUCCAAAAACGCAAGACACAGAUGCGACUCUCAUAUUAAACAAGUUGCUGAGGGAAUACGACAAAAAGCUACGGCCAGACAUUGGAAUAAAACCAACAGUUAUUGAUGUUGACAUUUAUGUUAACAGCAUUGGCCCAGUGUCAUCAAUAAAUAUGGAAUACCAAAUUGAUAUAUUUUUUGCUCAGACAUGGACAGACAGCCGCCUUCGUUUCAACAGCACCAUGAAAAUACUGACUCUAAACAGCAAUAUGGUUGGAUUGAUAUGGAUACCAGACACUAUCUUCCGAAAUUCUAAAACAGCAGAAGCUCAUUGGAUCACUACACCCAAUCAGCUUCUGAGAAUAUGGAAUGAUGGGAAAAUCUUGUAUACUUUAAGACUCACCAUCAAUGCAGAAUGCCAGCUGCAGCUACAUAAUUUCCCAAUGGAUGAACAUUCUUGCCCGUUGAUAUUCUCUAGUUAUGGCUAUCCUAAAGAAGAAAUGAUUUACAGAUGGAGGAAAAACUCGGUAGAGGCUGCAGACCAGAAAUCUUGGAGACUCUAUCAGUUUGACUUCAUGGGACUCAGAAAUACUUCAGAAAUUGUGAAAACCUCUGCAGGUGAUUACAUAGUCAUGACUAUAUACUUCGAUUUAAGUAGAAGAAUGGGAUACUUCACUAUUCAAACAUACAUACCCUGCAUCUUAACAGUUGUGUUAUCCUGGGUAUCAUUCUGGAUUAAAAAAGAUGCUACACCAGCAAGAACAGCACUAGGUAUUACCACUGUAUUGACCAUGACAACAUUGAGUACCAUUGCAAGAAAGUCUUUACCCCGUGUCUCCUACGUCACUGCCAUGGAUCUGUUUGUGACUGUAUGCUUUUUAUUUGUCUUUGCUGCUCUGAUGGAGUAUGCAACCCUCAACUACUACUCAAGCUGCAAGAAGCCAAACUGUACCAAGAAGAAAAAGUCGCUACCUGAUGUCAGUUUUGGUCACAUGAUGAACUAUUCUGUACUUGAUAUAAGACCGCCGCCUACAGUCAUCACAUUGAACAAUGCCAUGUACUGGCAAGAAUUUGAAGACACUUGUGUCUAUGAGUGUCUGGAUGGGAAAGACUGCCAGAGCUUUUUCUGCUGUUAUGAAGAAUGUAAAUCUGGCUCAUGGAGGAGAGGACGGAUUCACAUAGACAUCUUAGAACUGGACUCCUAUUCCAGGGUCUUUUUUCCAACAUCGUUCCUGCUGUUUAACCUGGUCUACUGGGUUGGAUACCUCUAUCUUUAA